GUCGCGCUGACUGCGCGCGUCGCUGCGCCUUUUAAGCGCAGAAGCGGCCUCGGCCGGCGCAGAGCCCCGCGCAGCGCCAUGGCGCCGCAGAUCGUCCGCUUCUGCUUGCUCGUUAUGGCUGUGUAUGAGACGUGGCCAAGGAUGGCGGCAAGUUCCGUAGUAGAUACAGGGUGGCAGCCGGGGAAGCUGUACGAGUACGAGGUGCAGGGCUGGGCGUACGCGUCGCUGCCGCAGCUGGGAGACCAGGCGACGGGCGUGGAGGUGGAGGCGGCGCGGGUGGCGGAGCGGCGACGCGCGACGCGGCCCGAGGGAGCGGCCCCGCCCCCCGACGACCGCCUGCGCUUCCGCGCGCUGCCCCUGCAGCCGGGCGCGUGGGCGCUGCGCCUGUCCUCGCACGGGGUGGGAUCUCUGCUAGUGAACGAAAGUUUGGCACCGAGUGAAGUGAACUUCAUCAAAGCAUUGGCCAGCCGUCUCGUCGUGAACACAGGCGGAACGAAACCGGAGGAUGACCGCUCGGAUAUACACUUCACCGUCAUGGAGGUGUGCUUUAGACCAAAUUAG